UUCAGGAGAUCCUAGAUUAUGUGGUUGGAUUUGAACCAAUCUCUGAUCCGAUGUAAAACCGUUAAAAAUGGAGGGAAGAGAGGAAAGGGAAAGGAGUAGUGAUGAUAAUGGGGUUGUUUUCAUUCUCCCCUACACCUUUGAGCGGUUGCAUUGUCCCGCCGAAUCAUAGACCGUUUGUUACUCAAGCCUGCCUUCCAACAGAAAUGGCUGAAGCUUCUCUUCCUCGGAAGGGGAAGCAGAAAGACAAGCUACUAGUUUGUGUAAGCAAGAGAGAGUUUGGUUUAUGCAUACUUCUGGGUUUCCCAGUAACCACUGCUUCUGCGCUUAUAUCUGCAGCAAUGGCCGAAGAGCAGGAAUUGGAGAGGUAUACGGAUGGCAAAGAGGGCUUCACUCUUCUAAUACCUAGUUCAUGGAUUAAGGUUGAUAAGGCAGGGGCGACAGUUCUGUUUGAAGAGGUGAACAAGAGCGCAAACAAUGUUGGAGUUGUGGUUAGCCCAGUUCGUUUAAAUACUCUUGGAGAAUUUGGGAGCCCCAAGUUUGUGGCAGACAAGCUCAUCCAAGCUGAAAAGCGCAAGGAAAGUACAAAGGAUGCUGAGGUGAUUGGUAUUGCUGAGAGAUCAGGACAUGGAGGCCUGCAAGUAUACGAAUUUGAAUACAAAGUUGAUAGCACUAGAGGAGGGAUGAAGAGAAUCUUUUCAGCUGCAUUUGUGGCUUCUAAGAAGCUCUACCUUCUUAAUAUCACAUACUCUGACCGACCAGAGAAUCCUCUUGGUUCUCACACUAGAAUGAUGUUGGAACAAGUUCUUCAUUCUUUUGAUACAGCACCAUCCAUGUAAUUAAAUGGCAUCGCUCAUUCUUCUGAUAUGACAUCAAUUCAUUCUGCUGCUUGUGCCGAA